AUGACAGAAAAUUUUAACCAAGAAAACACUAAUCCUAAUCUUCAAAUUGAAGAAAACUCCACAUACCCAUUAGUUAAUAAUAUUACAUACAAAGAGCGUGUAAAUAAUCAAACGAAACGUAGUUUCAGUUAUGUUAUUAUAAAAGAAGGUGUUUAUCCUGAAAAAGUCCUUACUGGACCAAAAAGCAAAAAUUCUGUAAUUAGUAGAAAAAAAAGAUCAAUUCAACAAUAUAAAAUCCCACAUAAUUAUAUUGUAGAAACAACAUGGGGACGAGCAGCUAAUAAACGAACAGUUCGUUGUAAAAUUAAUUAUGUUGAUGGAAUACCUCAAUUUUGUAUUGAAUAUGGUUUUAACUUUCAAAAUGUCAUUUUCUCAACUAAAUCUCCAUCUGAUGCAGCGCUUAAUUAUGAGAGAGCUUUAAAACCAGGGACAAAGGCUACUAUUUCAGGUCCCCUUGUAUUUGGAUUACAAUUAAACAGUGUGCAAAAGGCACGUGAAGCAAGAAGAAGAGGGCAUUUAAUUAAACCAGCCAAUAAUUGUGUCCAAUCAACACUUGAAAAACGUGCUAAAAAAAUUGCAGAAAGAACACAAGUUAGUUUUAAUAAUAAUGUUAAGGAAAUUUAUCAUGAGUCUGAUAAAGUUAUGCUGAAAGAAAUUGAAUUCACACUUAAUGAUAUGGAUUUUCAAGUGAAUUAUGGUUAUGAACAAGAAAAAAAAAAUCAUCAAAUUCAAUCUAUAGUAAAAGCAGUUGACCAAGGACAGAUAUCCAGAUGUUCUUAUCAAAAUUUAGCUGCUGCAGAAUAUAAUUUACCACGUUUAGGCUCUGUUUCUGAUGAACGCACUGCAAUUACUAAUUAUAUGAAUCAAAUAAUUAAAAUUUCAUUGGUUGACAUAAAAAAAAUAAAUGAACCUGAAGAGUCAAUAGAGUCUGAAGAAGAAGAUAUUGUGGAUUUGGAAAUUAUACAAAAAGUCAUUGAUACAAUGGGAAUAGGUAUUCGUCGUAGUGCAAAAGACAUUUUAUGUUAUAUUAUUCCACAGUUGCAGAAACAGCAAAUAUUAAAAUCAUCAGAUCCAACUAUUCAUCUACGUGGUCGUGGUGGCACUUUGCUGUCUUGUGAUAAGGCGAAAGGUUAUUCUGCCGAAGGCAUUAGCCUCACUGAUCCUGACAUCAGUCAGAGAUCCAAGCAUAUAUCUUCCUUGGUAAAAGAUCUCAUGGAAAAGAAGAUCAUACUAAUUCGGUCACCUCCUCCAUAUUCUGGAAAAAUGUCGUUGGCUCAAUUAUUAGAAAAUUACUUGGUCAAAUCACAAGAAUAUGCUAAAUACAGAGUAAUAAGAAUUUCAAUGCUUUGGGCGUCAGCUGUGAAAAUGAGAUGCACUUGGGAGACAUUUGGAACGGUAUGGGAGAAGAUUAUUGGUGUAAGCUGGAUUGAGUGGAUAGGACAGUGCGAAAGUACUCCAUUGAUUUUGAUAAUGGAUGAGGUUCAAAAGAUCUACAAACAUGAAAUUGAUGAAAGUAUGAAAAAUGCAGAAACUGCUAUUGAUUUUUGGGAUACCAUUAAGGCCAGCCUUCAAGAGUCAUCGAAUGUUCAAAAGAUCUACAAACAUGAAAUUGAUGAAAGUAUGAAAAAUGCAGAAACUGAUUCUGGAAAAAUGUCGUUGGCUCAAUUAUUAGAAAAUUACUUGGUCAAAUCACAAGAAUAUGCUAAAUACAGAGUAAUAAGAAUUUCAAUGCUUUGGGCGUCAGCUGUGAAAAUGAGAUGCACUUGGGAGACAUUUGGAACGGUAUGGGAGAAGAUUAUUGGUGUAAGCUGGAUUGAGUGGAUAGGACAGUGCGAAAGUACUCCAUUGAUUUUGAUAAUGGAUGAGGUUCAAAAGAUCUACAAACAUGAAAUUGAUGAAAGUAUGAAAAAUGCAGAAACUGCUAUUGAUUUUUGGGAUACCAUUAAGGCCAGCCUUCAAGAGUCAUCGAAUGUUUAUAUUAUUAUGUUUGGAGCUUAUGGAUAUGAUGCUAACUCUGCAGGACUUUCAACUCCUGUCACAAUACCACCAGAUAACAGCAAAGCAGUUUUUGGAUGCGAUGGAUAUAUAGAUUUUUAUGUGGAUAAGUUAGAAUGGGCAAUAGAGCUCUUGAGAGAUGGUAAGGACAUGACCAAGCAUAGUAGGAGAUUUGAACCUAUUGUAAAAACAAUUGAUAUAUAUAAUGGAUAA